AACUCUAGCUUGGGAAAUUCCUGAAGAUUUGGAAGAGGGAGGAAGGAGGUCAACAGCGCAGCCCUGGGUUAACUUUGUCAAGUCUGUAAAGCCAGGAACGUGGCGAGCUAUGCAGCUGUGCCCUUUCAUACAGCAGAUCCUGAAAUACAGAGCCAUUCAUUAAUGCUGCAGCAUUCUUGCAUGACUUAAAAUCUGCAAAAUGAACUGUUGGAGCACGAACUAAUCCAGGCAGUCGUGUGCUGAUCUCUUUAAAAAGCAAGACACCGAGAAGAGGGGAAACUCCUCCUCCAGGGUGUCGGCCCUUGAAUGUGUGCCGUUUCUGGCUCAUAAAAGCCGGCGCUGCCCUUGCAAAAGUCGUCUCUUUCUAAGGCUCUUGGACGGGCGAUUUCGGUUCGGCGAGAGGUAGGAAGGCCUGGAGAAUGGCUCAGGAGUUUGUGGCGAGUAAAAUCCGACGCGACAAGGUGACCGUGUUUGGGAAACCCUCCUGUCCUUAUUGUCACAUGGCCGUGGAGCUCCUGGAGGGACUUGGGGUCAAGAACUUGGAAUACGUGGACCUCACCACCCGGGCGGAUAUGGCCAACAUUCAGGACUACAUGCUGCGCACCACGGGCGCCAGAUCGGUCCCACGUAUUUAUAUUGGAGAAACUUGUAUUGGUGGUUAUGACAACCUGAAAGCUUUAUAUGACAGUGGAGAACUCAUUCCAAGAUUAAAGCAAAUUCAUGCUUUGUAAUAAUUUUGAGCAGAGGUGACGGGAGACGGGGACUACCUCCUUUUGCAGCUGAAGACUUGGGAAUACAACUAGUCACAUCUACUUCAAGAUCCAUAUUCAUUCAGAGAAUUGGUGACAGAGGGCUGCACAUUCUAGUAAUUAUUUACCUUGCUAAGAAUAUUGCUAUAACUUAUCUCUUCAGCAUGUCUUUCUGAAAAUGGAACCAAAAGAAGCAGCCCACUGUAAUAAAAUGCAUCUUAUUUUCUUACAGUUCAAAAAUCUCUGGCUCAAAUGCAUUCCCCUUCAUUUGUCAAUAUCUCUUGUUAACUCUUUCUGCCCUGUCCAUCCCCUCCUCCUUCCAUUUAUCCAUGACUACCUUUUUCCUCUGUGGCUUUAAAUAACUCUAUCUCCUUCAUUCUUGCCUAGAGACAGUUCCUUUGUCCCAAGAGGAGUGAGAACUCUGCCUCUGUGUGUCAUGCCCCAUCAUUUGGAGAGCUAUAAUACCAGUCUGGGACAUAUUUCCUUGCUUCAUGUUUUCUCUAUCAAUCUCACCACCUCUCUAUCCAAACAAGAGUUACCAUGUGUGUUCCCACUUUCCAACCUGUCUUUUUUAGCCUCCUAUCUUUUACGCAACAAAAAGAUCCAAGGGCUGGAAGACCUUUGGCAGCCCUGUGAAAUCACUGGACACAAAAUGAGCCUGCUGGGCAGGCAUCAUAUCAGUGUUACUGUGUAGUGCCUGACAUGUAAAAGGUUAGAAAUAAAAUAUAUAACAUGAAUUAUCUUGGUUUUCAUAACUGACUUCUUGAAAUAACUGGGUUCCUUCUAUUAAAAGCAAUUUUGUGAAUAAGAUAACUGGCAUAAAGUUGUCCAUAAGCUGAACAGAUAAGAAAAUGCUUUCCCAGGGUUCUACCCAUCAGCCUUAUCCAUCUGUUGCUGGACUACAUGGCUUCAGACUUCAAAGUAUGAGAAAUGAACACUUACCCCAUUUUUAUAUUUAAAAAAGUGAACUUCUCUGCACAAAUAAAGCUAGCAGACCAUGAAGAUUGUUUUCUGUAAAAAAACAACAACAACCAUUCAACACCCCCCUCCCCCCACAGACACACACACACAAUUGGAAGUUAUGUCAGUGCAUUAUGGGAGAUGUUGUUUCUAAAUUUUAUCCUUUAGCAAUUGGGUCAUAUUUGUAAAAAUGUAUCUGAUCCAAAGUAAUCCUUGUCACAGGCACAAGUGACAAGUGUCAUUAUCUUGGAAGAAACUUCUUUUUAAAAAAUUACAUCUCAUUUCCUUUCUCUUUUGUCUCUGCGCACCUUCCAAGUCUGUCAUUAACCAACAUGAACAACUUAAGUAUUUGGUAUCAAACAAAAGAAUGCAAAACCAAUAGUGUGAAACAAUUUCACAGACUGUUAAACUGGGCUGGAGGGUGGGUUUGUUUUGCUUCAUCAGGUCCAAACUUCUGUCAUGACUUCUAAUUUGAGUGUUAUUUUUAAGACUUUUUCAAUUAAACCUGUUGGGUGCAUUAAGAACAGUAUCUCAAAUAAAAGAAUUUAAAAAUUAUA